AUGGACGACUCGUCAAAAGAGGUGCCUUUCAAUGCGCCCUUUGAGAAACAGCCAUUCCCAUCCCUGUCAGAAGAUGACCUUGCCUCGCCAGAUGGGCCAGGAAGCUACGUCGAAGAGGACGGCAGCGUCACCUCUCCGGGCUACGAGGAGGUCGAGGUGGAGGACGACGCCGACUUCCAGUCGCAUUACUCGGAAAAUCAAUCGUUCUCUGACUCGGGGGAUGAUGAUGAUGGUAUUGGAAUGCACCCUUCCCUCCGACAGUCUGCCAGCUCGCUCCAUGGACCCAAUGCUUUUGCGCCUCCCUUCUACAACCGGCCACCGACGCCCCUGCCACCAUCGCCUUCGCUGACCUCUCUUCUCCGGCCGCCAUUCUCAACCACCACCUCGCGCCCAACGACUCCGGACAGCUCGGAUGUGGAAACCCCAAACGACACUGAAGCCGCCGUCGCCAAGUCCGCUCGUCGCGCAACCACCGUUCCGCGCGCCAGUCCCAAGGUUCCCACCUACGAGUACUACGGCUUCGUCCUAUAUUUGGCUUCGUCUUUGGCAUUUUUGAUAUACAUUCUGUGGUCGUAUCUUCCAUCCCCGUUUCUUCACCAACUCGGCAUCUACUACUAUCCCAACCGUUGGUGGUCGCUAGCAAUCCCAGCAUGGCUAGUGGUUUUGAUCAUCUACAUCUACGUGGCACUAGCGUCGUACAACACCGGUUACUUGACCCUGCCUAUGAAUAGCAUGGAGAAUAUCGUGGACGACGUCGCCAAUGUCGCAGUCAUUGACGGAAAAGCGCGACGACGACCUGGGGGGGCAGCAAAGAUGAAACCGGGUGCGACGUCCUAUCAGAUCAUGGGCCCCCAGAAUCGCAAGGUGAACUGGCAGGAGAUCUGGAACGAAGGCACCGAUGCGGUUAUGGAUGUGCCGGUGGGAGGCGUGUGGCCGGAGAUCCUCUGCUUUUCCUUCUCUUCUCGUCAUCCCGGUCCCCCUCAGAAAAUCCCGAGCAGUGGUGACUGCUGGCUUGUCGACAUGUCAGAUCAACCUUCGACCCCAUCCCGGUCGGGUCGUCCGGGACCAGGGGAGCUUCCUCGGGCUCCGCUGACGCCAGAGCAAAAGCAAAGAAUCGAAGUCAACCGCAUGAAAGCCAAAGCCCUCCGAGAACAGCGCGAGGCCGAACGGGCCAAAGCCGCCACUGCUCCGACCUCUGUCCGCACAGCACAACCCACUCAAGGUGUCAAGCGCUCCUUCAACUCGAUGACAUCCUCAGAUCCACCAGCAACCGUGCGCAAUGCGCGCACAAACCCGGCCUCGUCGGAACUCGACGCCAUAAAGCCUGCCCGCAACUUCACGCGAUACGUCGACUAUGACUUUAGCAAAAUGACUGAUACCAAGGGCGGAUUCUUGACGCAGGAGGACGACCCAUUCAACAAAGCGCUCCAUGUAUCGGAUGGAAAGGAACAGAAGCCGGCACACAUGACACAGAAGGAAUGGGAACGCCAUCAGCUGCUUGAAUCGUUGCGGCGAAAUCACGAGGGGCCUUUUGAGCCGGGGCUCAGCGUCCUGGAUGAUAAAAGUCAGCAGAAAAGAUGCCGUGAAUGCGGCAGUCUCGAAAUUGAUUGGAAAUGGGAGGAGAUGUUGCGGUGUUGCAUUUGCCAUUCCUGCAAAGACAAGUACCCCGAAAAAUAUAGCCUCUUGACCAAGACGGAGGCAAAGGAGGACUAUCUCCUGACUGAUCCGGAGCUUCGAGAUGAAGAGCUCCUCCCGCAUCUGGAACGUCCCAACCCGCACAAAUCGACCUGGAACAACAUGAUGCUGUAUCUUCGAUAUCAAGUCGAAGAAUAUGCGCUCUCGUCCAAAAAAUGGGGCUCUGCAGAAGCCCUGGACGCCGAGUUUGAGCGACGCGAGAGUGACAAGAAACGGCGGCGAGAGGCCAAAUUCAAGACCAAGUUGCAGGACCUGAAGAAACGGACACGCGUCGAAGCCUACCGGCGCAGUCGACAAGGUGCAUCGGGAGGAGAGUUUGGCGACGACCUCAGCAAUGGACGCAAACACGUCCAUCAAUGGGGCCGGCCUGUUGACAACCCCGAAACCGGUAUUCCGGUCAAAACGUGUGUAGAUUGUGUGUGGACGACGCUCAUCACCAAUACCGCGUAUCUGCCCGGCCUUCUCACCUUGGAGUACUCUCUAAGAAAAGCAGGAUCCAAAUACCCCCUCGUGGCUCUUUAUACUGAGUCCUUUCCCGCCGAGGGCCAUGCGGCUCUCGCUACCCGAGGCAUUUCGAGGCAGCAAGUGCCUUACCUGCUCCCAUCAGUGCACAAGAACUUUUCCGAUGAUGUCCGUUUCUAUGACUGCUGGAGCAAGCUCACGCCGUUCUCACUGGUUGAGUACGAGCGUGUCAUCCAGUUGGACAGUGACAUGGUAGUCCUCCGUAAUAUGGAUGAGCUCAUGGAGCUCGAGCUGGACUCUCCCGACAUGGCUGGCACGGGGAAUCGUGUAUUUGCCGCGAGUCAUGCCUGUUCUCUUCUCGGGGACAUGUUCUAUGGCCGCUUGGUUGCGCUUCCUUAUGUGUACAAUGCGCUCAAGACCAUGCGGUGGGACGGGGCUCAUGACGCUAUCUGGCGAGAUGGGCAGGUCAAAAACGUCCAUUACAUCCUCAGCCCGAAACCUUGGGAGGAACAAGGGAGUAAUGAGGGGGACCCCACCCACGCGUGGUGGUGGGCAUUCACUCGUGGUCGACGCCAGGAGGAGAGACAGAGGGGGAUCGACGAUGGAUUUUGA